AUGCGAUUCUUGGGAAUGAAGAAAUAUCCAAAAGAAAAUGAAUAUAGCCAAUUCCUCAGUGAGCAUGCAGGGAGUUCAAAUGCUUUCACAAGUGGAGAACAUACCAACUACUACUUUGAUGUAUCACAUAAACACAUGAGAAAUCUAUUGUAUCCUUGUAUCUACAGGGUCUCUGUGAGGAAGGAAUUAAAAGGCAGAAAGGCUUAUGCAAAGUUGGGCUUUGCAGAUCUAAACCUACAAGAUAAUUCUAUUCUUAAAGUCUUGAUCAGUAUGCAGCUCAUGUCUGGUGAUCCAUGUUUUAAAACGCCUCCAUCUACAUCAAUGUAUAUACCAAUUGCCGGUGAAUCUGAAUCUCUACAUGAGGAUCGGAAGGAUGGAGAGACUCUCAAAAUCCACCUUGGCUUGUCAGAUCUGUCAGCAAAGAGUGCCUCAGUUCCAGACGAACUUGGUGCCUGUGGACAUUCUAGAACAUCAAGCUAUGCAAGCCAACAAUCAAAAGUGUCAGGUAGUUAUAGUACGUGUCACUCCAGGUCAUCCAGUUUUUCUGACCUUUGUCACAAGAGAAAUGCUUCAGUGGGAAGUACAUCAACGGGAAUUGAAAGUAUCCUAGAGCCAUGUGAUGACACUGAACAGAAAGUAGUUGAUCUUAAUCUUGAAACACCCGUUAAACAAGAGGGCGAUGGAUCAUCAGAAAAACUCAACAGGCACCCUGUGAAGCAAGAUUCUGUGGAAUCUCAAUCAAAACGUGUUGAUGCUACCAGAGUGGAUGCAGAUGAUAUUGUUGAAAAAAUAUUGCAAAGUCAAGAUUUCAGCCUAGACUCCAGUGCAGAAGAAGAAGGAUUGAGGCUAUUUGUGGGUCCUGGAGGAAGUACAUCUUUUGGCAGUCACCACCUUCCAAACAGAGUGGGAUCUGGUGCAUAUGAACAAGUCGUGAUCAAACGCUAAAGUGGAGCUUUCCUGUGGAUCUCAGAUACUAAUAAUUGGGCUUUCAGGACCCUUUUCUCAAACUCUUGUGAGAAAAUGCACAGAAGAAGAUGAUCAACUGGAUUCUUCUGUGAAA